AUGGAUAACUCUAGCGAAGCGGAUAUCUCUCUUGCGGCCAACGUCAAAGACGCCAUCAUCGGCUUCGAGCGGGUCGUCACUCUCGAGCCCGAGGACGAAUCUGAACACGGCAUCUGGGCGGCAAACAUCGUCGCCAGCCUUGGAAGCCUAGAGAGAGAAGUCGAGGCCUCCAUCGACUUGUCGGACUUACGGGCAUCACUGUCGCACGCUACCCAGCAAGUUGUCAUUCGAGCCUUGGACGUCGACCAUGAUCCGGCAACCCUACACACCCGCUCUCCAAACAAGCUAGAACGGUGCUGCCUCACGUGGAAGGUCACACCUGGCACCAUUGCCUUCUGGUUUCGCCUAGACCACGGUCGACCGUUCUUCGAUGCUCUUGCCGCUUUCGCCAACACGCACCCUCGCUGGCUGGAUGCUCUGCACCUUGUCCGACGCUGCUCGACCGACCGUCGUGGAGCGUCUAUUAUGCAAGCCCGAGACCGUGGCAUUACUACGCAAGACCUGAACAAAGCUGCAGGCAUGGAUGCGCUGCCGCCUGAGUUGCCCAAGCAGCCAGUGCUCCAACCACAAUCAACCCCCGCCCGAAGCGGCAAACACCGCACAUCCCUCAAUGUCACCACGAGCCAAACACCAUCAUCAAAAAGGCAACGCCAAAGCUCCUCGACAACGCCACUCCUCCACCAGACUCGCGAUACGAUGGUAUCCCUUGCUCUCGGCGAAGACCUUGGCGCCAACGGAAUUGGGGCCUGUGUUGAUGCUCUUCUGACGCUCAACAAAGUGAAGCCCACGUUCCACAUCUUUGACCCCCGGGAGCCUUUCGAACGAUAUGCAGAGCAGGAUGUUGCAGCUUGCCUUCCGGACAACUUGGUCGUUCUGCUGCGGCUAGAAUCCGGCGGCAGCUGGAUCGUCGUACAUCUCAAACGGUCUGUAGCACAUAUCGACGUUUGCGAUACGGCAGAGCCUGCGACAGACUUAGAUGUGAUCAAAGCCAGGAUUGAGCCCUGGAUCAAGGCACGGCAGCUGGUGGAUCUUAGGCAGCCGCUAACAUACACAUCACUGCCCCGUACCGAACAACGAUCCAAGACCAGCAGCGAUAUCCUUGCCCUUGCCCUUGCAACCUUCAUCUGCACGGAGCAGAACGAUCUGGCCCAAUUUGAUGUUGAGGGGACCCAGCGAGAUCUGCAGAAGGUUUUGUCUGGUGAUUUUGCUCAGCAACUUGGUUUACGGGAUGAGAUUUCCAAUCAGACACAGCCGGAGUCAGACCUGGCCACCGGCAAUUCGAGUUCCCAGAACGCCGUCGCCAGACUUGUCGGUGCAGCUUGUCCCGGCCUCCGGCCACUCCUCGACACUGUUCAGUCAACCCUGAAGCACAAGAGCGAAGUUGUUGGCGAUGCACUGAAACAAAUCAACGAGGAUAUUGUGCGCAACUUGGGAUGUAGCCCAACUGAGUUGUCAGUCAAGAUCAACGCACUUGAGGCAAUUAUUACGAGAGAUUUGGCAGAGGAUACAACCCUCCUUUCGAAGCAGCGUGCAGCCGACAGCGAUGUAGCCUUUUUUGAGGGUAUUGUAGACAAAACAUCGGCCAUAACUGAGCAAACUUCACCGGAGAGACAAAAGUGGAUUACAGAGACGGAGAAGAGUCUAGUCAACGCGAGGACGCUUCAAGAAUCACUAAAAGUCGAGAUCGAGGGCCGACGGGGAGACUUUCGCCGAAACAAAGUCUUGUUGGAGACUGGCCGGGCAUACCACACGCUUGUAGCGGACCUGAACGCCACCCAAGUCUACACGAAGCAAGCUCUUGACAGCAUUUCAGCGUUGGUCUAG